AUGUUGUCCAUGUUCAAGGACAAAAAGGGCUUCUCGGUGCUCUUCCGUGGUGAAGGGGGAGCGAGACAGUCCGGCAGGGUGACGGAUACCUCGGUGUGUCGCCAUUCCGACAUCCAGCUCCCUGGAACCGCAGCCUGCCCAGAUGGGAGUGGAGUCGCGCAGCAUCAGUGCCAGCGGUGCUCAAAGCGCUUUUGUGCGCUGGAAUCAGACGACGACACGGGUGUAGUGUGCCGGUGCCACCGCUGUGGGUACCCAACGUGUCUACAGUGCCGAGAGCCGGCGACUGGCACCCCCCCAUGGGUAUGCUGCGUCUGCAACGGUUUCAAGUCAAUCAUGUGGCUUCUGGAGAAGACGCGAGCGGGGCCCAUGCUGGUGACACGGAUUGUGGAUUACUGCGACCCGCGCGGGCAGCGGCUGAUGCGGUCGAUGUUCCGCUUUACGCUGCAGCAGUACCAGGCAGUGACCCCGCGCCCGUCUCUCAAGCUCGCGGGACGUCCAAGCGAUAUUCCUGCUAGCAGUGGCACGCAAUCCAGCUCGCGACCGGCUUCUCAGACACCACCCCCUCGCCUAACGUCUGGCGCACGAACAAGCUCACGCCUCUCUGGUGAGCGCAGCGGUGCCCGUCUCACUCAAGUGCCGCCGAGCUUCAGCAACGUACGCCGACCGUUGCCGUACACGCACCCCAAGCACGCAUCACUGCUGCGUUCUGUGCGCCGGUCGGAUUCUGGUGCGGCAUUCGCCUUAGAUGCCGGCGCCAUCGGUGGUGCAGAGGGAUCAGCGAAGGAAAACUCUCCUGCUGAGGAGGACAUCGUACGCGGUUCCGAGACGUUGCGCCGCCUCGAAGAGGCCGUUGGUGUUGUGGAGUACUCACCAGAAUCAAAGUGGUGGGCGCCAGGUGAGGUGAGCGAAGAGGCGGGAGGAAACGCCGAGCUUUCCUCGUCGCUUCCUGAUGGAAAUGAGCGCUUCGCUCAGCCGGAUGAUCGGUGCGCCGCUGUUGCUGACAUCUACCACGCCAGGACACCCCGUGCACUGGCAUGCGGCGCGACUUUGCGGGGAGACGCAGUGGAGGCUGAGACGCUAUCGCCGCACGCGCGUCCGAGCGGUUGUGCAACAUUUCAGCGCGAACCGCUGCAACCACAGCUUGCGAGCACCAGUGACCCCACAACACAGACGAUGUGCGGUAGUGCUGUUAUGCGGGUGGCCGUAGCUCCUGCACCUGAAUCGUCGUCGAUGAGGAUCACUCCGCUGAGCCAGCCCUGCCGCCUCGGUCACAGCUUGAGCCCCGCUUCCAGCGUCUCAGGCCGGAGUGUCAGUCCGGCACCGCGCUUUCCCACCUUCGGCCAGUUCUUGGACGACCAUGCCGGCUUCACUGCCGCGCAGACGCACCUGCCACGUGAGUCGAAUGUGUUAGUGACGGUCUCGCCAGAAACGGAGGAGGAGAGCGAAGAGAGCGGUGGUGUGAUUGAGCUUGGCGGCGGGCGGCGUGGCGACCACCUCGUGGCCACAAGCGGCAACGCCAAAGUAGGACUGCACACCCCACGUGACACUGAGCUGCGUACCCCUCCGUCGGCUGACGGCGGCGGCUCAUCAGGCCUUCGUAGCGGACGUCGAACAAGUGGACUAUGUGACUUCACCCCUACUCGCGCACUGGACAUGUCGAGCGCGCGUGGCACGCUUCAGCACCGCAGUUCCAGUUGCCGCCGCACCACACGAGGAAGCCUGGGAGAGAUGCAUGCUCCGCAUCUCUACGAUAACAGCAGCAGUAAGGCCAGCAUGGCAGGAAACCCACGCCGUAGCGGACAGGUGCACGACUCCCCAUAUGCGUACACCCUGCCAAAGCAGUUCGGCUCUCACUUGAAGUCAGCAGGCUCGAUGUACGGGCAGCUGCGGCGUCAGCAGCCACCGCUCCCCACACGUACUGCAGGCCAUACGCUCGGCAGCGACAGCCGCCAGCGAUUGGGACGGCAGAACUCUCGCACAACAACACCGCUGCAGCGCACCGCUUCGCACAGAAACGAACUACAGCGGACGCCGUCACGCAGCGGGGCACUGGCCCGUACGAACUCGUUCUUCGCGCCACUGAAGCGCACCGCGUCCUCGCACGUCUACGCCCCCUCCUUUGCGCGGACUAACAGUAGCACGACGCGCGCACUGGCCUGCACCCCCUCCCACCGUGCUCAUCGCAUCGGAGCGGUCUCUGGCUGCCGAGGCCUGCAGCGCACCGAGUCUGCAAAGAUCGCCGUUAGUGGCUUGAACCAUGGGGCCGCAGCGCGUGCAGCUCAGCAAGGCACUGCCGCGUCGCAGCCCACGCAGUUCGGCUACAGGACACCUACUGCUGCCGGCGCAUCGUCCAUGUGCUCUUCUCCCCUAAAGCGAACACUCUCCUCCUGGUCGCCGCUGAAGCGUACUGCUUCGCAUAUGUGCCUUAGGGUUGGUGGUGCAGCACCGUUUGGCCGCAAACAAUCCGCAUCGUGUUUCACGCGUUCCGCCACUACCAACAACGGCUUUGUCGGUACCCGCUCUGUCCCAGCGCUCGGAGGCGGAGCACCGCUUCGCCGCACUCCUAGCGCUUUUACGCGUACAGCCACCGGCACGCAUCUGUUCCACUACUCUCACGGCCGUGUUUAUGAGAGGGCUCGUUACACGCCAGGGCUGUCCCCACUGUCGCCCUCCGCGGCUGUGCGUGGCAGCGGUUAUGGAGAGCCGAGGGGAUACCAUCGUGUUGCGGCCGCCUCUCCAGUGCGGCGUGUUCCUACUGCCACGCGUACCUCGACGCCAACGAUGGGCCGCCGACGUUUGCCGACCCCAGCUGCGCUCUCUCGCACCCCCACGGGGACGCGCAACUUUGAGCGUCUGCAAAGCAGCGCGAGGCGCGAGCCUGCGGGGGGCUCUGGUCGCAAAGCAGGGCGGACAGUCGACCCGGCGCCAACGUUAGUCGGUGUGACGCGACGCAAGGCUCUUGGAAGCUCGCUGCGCCACACCCCAUCUGCUAGCGGCGCUGACGGCACCGCUGUCGCAACACCACUCCAACCUCGUCGAUUUAUCAUCGCGAGUGUUUCAACUGCUGCGACGGCAGCCGCUGUGAACGGCGGCGGAUCGCACUGCGGGCCUCGACCGGUGCUCUCAUCGGGCGCAAGCAUCCCAAAGUCGCGCAGCAGCCGCGGCUCGCUUUCCAGCGGCGACGCAGCUGGGCCUAGCAGUCACACGAGCAGCGUACCCACAGCGGCAGCGCCAAUAGAGGAGCAGAAAGCGGCCGAUGUAGAGCCCAGGAGUGGGCGGGCGAAUACGCAACGCCGUCGCCCGCUAGGUGGGGCCAUCAUUGCGAAAGAAAAAGAGCCGUUGCGUGUGGCGACGCUGAGCCGCCGUGAGACGUCCGGCUCUGCCACUACCACUCCACGCCCCAGCAUCGGAAUAGCAGCGCCACGGACUCCCUUCGCCAGAUAG